UUGCAACAUAAAGAAGCAAGUAGCUUGAGUGAUCCUCUGAGUUCUCUGUUACUUAUUUUCAUUCACAUAUAAACUUCAAGAAGUAUUUACACGUCAAAUGGCAAUUCCGGUGAUCGAUUUCUCGAAGCUCAGCGGCGAGGAGAGGGCCAAGACGAUGGCUCAGAUUGCCAAUGGCUGUGAGGAAUGGGGUUUCUUCCAGCUGGUGAACCAUGGGAUACCAGAGGAGCUGCUGGAGAGAGUGAAGAGAGUGUGUAAUGAGUUCUACAAGUUGGAGAGGGAAGAGAACUUCAAAAAGUCAACCCCCGUGAAGCUGUUGAACGAGAGUGACGGUGGAAAAAUAGAGAGCGUGGACUGGGAGGAUGUUAUCACUCUCCUUGAUGACAAUGAAUGGCCUUCCAACACUCCCGGUUUCAAGGAAACCAUGGCGGAGUACCGCGCAGAAGUGGAGAAGCUCGCCGAGAAGGUCAUGGAAGUCAUGGACGAGAAUUUGUGCUUGCCAAAGGGCUAUAUCAAAAACGCCUUCAACAGCGGCGGCAACGAGGACAACAACAAUAAGGCCUUCUUCGGGACUAAAGUGAGCCACUACCCGCCCUGCCCGCAACCUGAGCUGGUCAACGGCCUCCGAGCCCACACCGAUGCGGGCGGCGUGAUCCUUCUCUUCCAGGAUGACGCCGUUGGGGGCCUCCAGAUACUCAAGGGAGGUGAGUGGAUCGAUGUGCAGCCGCUCCCCAAUGCCAUCGUCAUCAACACGGGGGACCAGAUCGAGGUCCUGAGCAACGGCAAGUACAAGAGCGUCUGGCACCGUGUCCUUGCCUUCCCAGAUGGCAACCGGCGCUCCAUCGCCUCAUUCUACAACCCAUCCCUCACUGCCACCAUCGCCCCCGCGCCACAGCUGGUGGAGCAGGCUCAGGCUUACCCUAAGUUUGUGUUUGGGGAUUACAUGUCGGUCUAUGCUGAGCAGAAGUUCCUCCCCAAAGAGCCUAGGUUCGAAGCUGUGAACGCCAUGUAAUAAUGUAUGAAAAUAUAUUUCUUCACGAAUUAUUAGAAGAGAAAAGCAUAAUUAUCUGUCUUUUUUAGGGUUAUGCAUAACUAUGGCCUUUUUCUUCUCUCAACUGCUGCUUGUGUGGAGAUGUAUAUGCAAGUUGUUUUUGAACUCUGAAGACUGCGCGCUUUAGGUUUGUAAUAAUAUGCGAGCAUGAGGUGCUAUUAAAUGCACCUUGGUCUUUGCUUUAUCAUGUAAUAGUAUUUGCACGUGUCUUCA